AUCUAACAAUUUCUCUCGUUAUAUGUUAAUAUUUUAUUUAUGGUUUCGACAAUUACUUCAAUUAUAAUAAUCUCAUAAUUGCUUAGGUGGGAAGCAGAGCAGAUUUUGAGUUAAUCAAAGCAAAUUCAGACAACAGACAGUUAACUAUUACGACUGUUGUCAUUGCAAGAGGAAGCAUUCAAUCAUCUCAGUCUAUAAGGAGUAAAACGGGUCCACUAACGUUAUUUCAAGUUCAGAUCACUCCUCAGUUAGCCAAUCGUUUCUGCGUCCUUGCCUAUUAUAUGGAUACUUGCAACGAGCUCGUGUCUGACGUCGUUUGUCUAAAAACAGCUGAAAAAUGCGCCAACGAGAUAUCAUUGGAACUGAAAACUACGCUUGUUCAACCGGGCAAUGAAGCUACAAUUGGUGUCAGCGUUGCUUGCCCAAAUUCUGACGUCGCAUUGUUGGCUGUAGACAGAGGAUUGUAUAUUCUCAAUAAUGAAAACAGACUGUCACGCGACAAGAUGUUUGCUGCUUUGGAUAAUUGUUCCUAUUCUUGUGGUUACACUGUUGCAAGUUCAGAUGGAAUGUUUGAUGUUGUUGGUUUGGCUGGAAUGUCUGACGCCUCCAUUAAUCCUCGCUGUAGCUGCUGUACAUCUUCAUGCCGUAUUUCUUGUAUUAAUUCUGAUGACAGCUGCGGUACCGGAAGAAAGAAGCGAGGAUCUGAACUUGUGGAAAGAUUGUGUAAUGAGAUAAAAAUGCGAGCAAAAAGACUUUUCAGCAAUGUUGCCGGGUACUGUUUCGACGAGUACAGAGAGCUUGUUAAAGGAAAAUUCAGCAGCUUUGAUGACCUUUUGUCAGAGAUGGAUAGAAGAAACGAGGCAGAGUACAAAACGGAGCACGUUGCCACUUAUAUCUACCAAUGUUGUAUGGGAGACAGAGCGAGAUCGAGUUCUCAAAGCGGCGUUGAUAACUUUGACAAGCAGGACCCGAGCUUCUUAAAAAGGAGAACGUAUUUUCCACACGUUUGGUUACAAGACAUAGUCCUUACCAACAGGAAUUUGAAAACAAUUGACAUGACUGUUCGAGUUCCUGACUCGAAUACAGAAUGGUAUGUCUACGGAUUGGCGCAGUGCUGUGAAUCGGGAUUUUGCGUGUCAGAGCCGAUCUCGAUUAACGUCUUUCAGAGCGUUCUUGUUGAGUGUCAUCUGCCGUUUUCGCUAAAGCGGCAAGAACAAGUGUCCGUGGCUUGCACUGCGUUCAAUUACCACCAACAUUCGACUAAUGCAGGGAUAAAAGUCGUUGAUGUACGUGAUGAUCUUUGCACUACUGCGGGAACGGGUGAAGAGACGGACUGGAUACGUUUUCGCAUUGAAGCUCAUGACUCGAAAACCGUUCUUAUUCCUGUUAUUCCAUUGGUAGUUGGAACAACGUUGCUAACGGUCAGGAUGAGUACGGACCUUAUUAGUGAUCAGAUAGUUCAGAACAUCACUGUUGUGCCGGAGGGAGUUACUAGAGAGUCGGAUGUUGCUGUAGAGUUGGAUCCUCUUGGAGUCAACAUGGACGAAUCAAAGAGCUGCACUCUUCUUCCACUUCCGGAUCUGAGAAUUGGCCAGUGCUUUAAAUACGUACUCUUAAAUGGAGAAUGCAGUGAGCCUCUCGACGGGCUAUUUACAAAGGAAAGCUGUUGCACUGAGCAAAUUGGUAAUUUCGCUUCGGCGUUUCGCGCACGAGGAACAUGUGAACGGUGUCCUGGCAAAAACGAAAGUCACUACUGUAUGGGGUUGUGUCGAUGCGGAGGACGUCCUUACAGCAAGAGUCAAACCAAUUUCUUUCCAGUACGACUUCCUGAAAACUACAUUGAAGGAUCGGUCACGGCCUGGAUAGGAGUCAGCGGAAAAUAUUUUACCGUGGGCGAGAAUAUGGAAGGAAAGGUUGACAAAAUCGACAGCGUAGAGAGUAUGCUGAGAUUACCCGGUGGAGGUGGAGAGUAUAGCAUGUUAACAUUUGGUCCUAACUGCGCUAUCGUCACAUUCCUAAAUGCUACCAAUCCAGGAGCUGUAAGAAAACACCUUCCGCUACUUCAAAAUGGUUAUAAUUAUCAGUUAAAGUUUCGCGUGAUAGAUUCCGGAGCAUUUGCUGUGUGGCUGAAUCACACACCAUCGACGUGGCUCAGUUCGUUCGUACUUCGCACAAUGUGUUGUGCAAGAGAAUUUGUUAUAGUCGACGACGCGGUCAUCAGCAGUCUCAUCAACUUUCUCGGAACGAGACGUAAAAACGGCACGUUUGUUGAAAGGCAGAACGUAAUUCAUAGAGAGAUGAUAGGUGGAGUUCAAGAGGCUGGUGUGUCGAUGACUGCUUACACAACAAUGAGUCUAUUGGAGUGCUGUCGCAACGAAGAGAAGCCAACUCUUGUAAAUCUAGUUUGUCCAGCAGUGAGUUACAUGCAGAAGGAGGUGGCUGCAAGUCGAGUUAACCGACCAUACGCGCAGGCGAUUGUGUACAAAGCUUUGAUCAAAGCUUGUGUUUGCGGCUGCGCGGUGUGCAAACCACAGGGAGUAUGCGAUUACACAAUCAUCGAAAAAUUGAAGAAAAAUCUGUUUGACAAAGCAGUGAUUGACACUGACGGUUCUAUGCACUGGGAAGCAGACAGCCGAUUGGGGAAUGCCUAUUGGUAUAGAAAACCAUCUGCUAUUUCGGUAGAAAUGACGGCUUACGUUUUACAAGCAUGUCUUUGCGUGGGUGACUGCAAAUGCGCUCGAACUACAGCCAAGUGGCUCAAUACUGCUAGAAACUCACGAGGAGCCUUUGUCUCAACACAAGACACUGUGGUUGCUUUGACAGCCUUGGCUCAAUUCGCAGCCAGAUGCCGUGUCACUGUUCUUCAUGCUCCCAAUUUAUGUGUAAGUGUUCGUCUAACGAAUUAUUCCCUUAUCAAGGCAUUUCGAAUUACUCCACAAACUGCAGACGUUAUGUACCGCGUUCCGGUUCCCGUCAAUGAACUCAUUAGAGUAGAUACUUGCGGAAGCGGGCUAGGACGGGCUGUGGUUCAUUACGACUACAACGUUCCCGGGACUUCCGUCGAACAAUGCGCGUUUGACAUUGCUGUUAAUGCUACUGAGAUGACAAUGAUCUCCUUAUCUGAGCCACCAGUCGGAGCUCAAAUUGCUUUCUGUGUUAGAUAUUUGGGCUCUGGAUGCACCACAAUGGCUGUAGUAGAACUUGAAUUGCCGACUGGAUACGAAGCGUGUGAAAGCCUCGAGACCGGUUUCUCGGAUUGGCGCUGCCUCAGUACCAUAUUACAGGAUGGCGGUAGCUUACUUGGGUUAUUAAAAUACGAGGUCUCAGGGAGGAAGGUCGUGUUUUACUUUGACAAACUGUGUGACACCAAACGAACGUGCGUCGUUUUCAAAACUUACCGCAAGUUUGAGAUUGUCCAUUCUCUACCCGUCAGUGUGCGUGUGUUCGAUUACUACGAGCCAGACGUGCAAUGCACUAGGUUUUACACGCUUGGAGGAGGAAGUCCGGAGGUGGGUUUGAUUUGUGACAGUUCGAACAAAGGGCAGCCUGCGUGUGUAUGUGGAGCAGGACGUUGUCCAAAAUUAGAAAAGGAGAUUCACAAUAGGCUCUGCAAUGCUUGCGUUUAUCAUGACUAUGUGUACAAUGUGCGAAUCAAUGACAACACCUAUGAAAAUGGGUGGCACAAACUCGAUGUGACUGUUGUUGACGAGAUCAAACCAGGCGCACAUAGGCAGAAGAACGGAUCAAAUCUUAGGUUGUGGUUACCUUCGAUUUGCACCACUGACAUCAAACUUGUUACUGGCAACUGCUAUCACAUUCAAGGCAGAGAUGGAACCAAAUAUGUUCUCGAUCACAACACAGCCAUUGAGCCAUGCCCGAAAGAUACGUGCAGUGCUUUCGAUUGCAAGAAGAAGGUGAAGCAAAAAUGCGUUGUAAAACCGUGUAAGAAGCAGAAAACCAAGAAAAAGAUGCGCAAUUGCAAAAAGAAAAGAAUGGGAAAGUGCAAGGAUGAAUUCAAAGCGUGCAACCACUUGGCGGUCUUUAAAAAGUACGUCAAGAAAUUGCGCGAUGGCUCUAUAUGCCAAUCCAGAGACAUUUGUUCGAAUUAGUAUGCGAAGGUGUCGUUUCUGUUUUGUUUACGGCCAGAUAUCGUGUGCCAAUAUGACAUUAUGACUUCUUCGUUUGUGUUAUUGGAACACAGUAGAGACAGCUGGUGUUGCAACUGUUUGUGACGUUGUAGUGUAGAUGACGUAUUCGUGUUAUUCUGUCUUUGCAUAUGCAUCCUCUGGCUAUCAUCUUGAAACAACAAGGGUUCCAGAGGUGACAAAUUAGAAGUAAAAGAAGGUGAUAUAGUG